UCCAGCAGCAGUCCGCAACAUAAGAGAAUCUCGGAGAGAGGUGAGAAUGCCAAUAAAUAUUCCACCCGUUAUCUCUUCUGCUGCAAGUCGCUGCACCAUAACUCUCUUUCUCUCUUUCUUGAGAGAAGGAGAGAAAAAAGGGAAAUGAAGGAUCUUAUCCCUAUCCAAUCUUCUGUACUCCGCCCUCCUUCCAUGGAACGCAGAUGGAUUCUGCCUCUGUCCGUCGCAUCCCUCCUCUCUCUACUCCUCCUCUUUCUCACAACCCUCUCUUCCACACCUCUCUCCUUCCUCAGCACCUCAACCACCACCGUGGGGCCCGCCACUUUCGUUGAGUCCAAGCUCCACGUGUCGCCAAUCUCCACCCUCCCUCCCCCGCCCCGUCUCGCCUACCUCAUCUCCGGCUCCGCCGGCGACGGCCAGAUGCUCAAACGGACGCUCCAGGCACUCUACCAUCCGAUCAACCAGUACGUGGUCCACCUCGACCUGGAAUCAUCCCCUGAGGAACGGCUGGAUCUCCAUGAUUUCGUUUCCAACCAUCCCGUCUUCACCCGAAUUGGGAACGUCAGGAUGAUCACGAGGGCAAAUAUGGUCACGUACCGGGGCCCCACGAUGGUCGCCAACACGCUCCACGCUGCCGCCAUCUUGCUGAAGGAUGGUGGGGAGUGGGACUGGUUCAUCAAUCUCAGUGCGUCGGAUUACCCGCUCGUGACCCAGGACGAUCUGUUGCACACGUUUUCUUAUUUGCCGCGGGAUCUCAAUUUCAUCGACCACACAAGCGAUAUUGGGUGGAAAGAAUUUCAACGGGCGAAGCCAAUUAUUAUAGAUCCAGGGUUGUAUAUGUCGAAGAAAGCGGAUGUUUUCUGGGUUUCACAGAGAAGAAGUGUUCCGUCCGCUUUCAAGCUCUUUACAGGCUCUGCUUGGAUGGCGCUUUCUCGGCCAUUCAUUGACUACUGCAUAUGGGGAUGGGACAAUCUUCCACGAACUGUCCUCAUGUACUACGCAAACUUCAUUUCCUCGCCUGAAGGCUACUUCCACACUGUCAUCUGCAACGCCCAGGAGUUUCUCAACACUACCGUCAACCAUGAUCUGCACUUCAUAUCCUGGGACAAUCCCCCCAAGCAGCAUCCCCACCACCUCACUGCUAGUGACAUGUCGGGCAUGGUUGACAGCAACGCGCCUUUUGCGAGGAAGUUCCAAAGAGACGAUCCCGUACUUGACAAGAUAGAUGCUGAGCUCUUGUUCCGUGGUCCAGGCAUGCUUGUACCAGGCGGAUGGUGCAUGGGGCCACGAGUGAACGGGAGUGACCCAUGUUUGCUUGUGGGUAAUACAACAGUCCUGAGGCCGGGUCCUGGCGCUGUGAGGCUAGAGCGCCUAACUGUCUCUCUCCUAUCAAAGGAAAAUUUCCGUCCGAGACAGUGCAAGUAAUAUAGAUUAAGACCCUCCAGGCGGGGACCACACUUUCGAGAAAUAGAAGAUAGUGUACUACUUUCACGUAAAACAUCAAUGCAGGCAAUUCGUUGUUGAUCUCACGGCUACGGAUGAAGGAUCUCGUGGGGACACAGUAAAAGAAAGGAUAGCAGCGGGAAGCUGCUCUCGGUAUUGCAUGCGGCGGGAGCAAAGGAAUAUGCAUUCACAUACUCUGAUGUAAUCUAAUCAUAUGAUAUAUACUGGGGCCAAACUGAGCAAGUUCAUACCCCUUGAGCUGGCUUUUCACAGAAGAAGUGAUCUUAGUUUCAUGGGCCUUUUUUUCAUUUUUGUAGCAGGUGCUUGGUGCUGCCAUCUUCGUGGCCCCACCUCUUACUUUGUUGUUAUGGACUGGUGCUGAUGGGAGUUGGCCUGUUGUCUUCUUUGUGCAGAUGGAAAGAAGAUUGAAAAGGAAAGUUGAAUUGAUAAUGCUUUUUAGGUGUGAUGUUUCUACAA